UGUGUUACCAAAUGAAGGAAUAGACAGUUCUCACGAGUAUUGAUAAGUGUAAUCUUCAUUUCUGUAAUAGGCUACUUUUACUACCAGAGUGGCUUGAACUUUGGCCACUACAUUCUCCCGUCAUCAGGGUCAGGCAGGCCAAUGGGAUGUAUACUUACAAACACACACAGGCUUAGAAAUUUCCCCGCGUACACACUGGUGAGGCCAGCUGAGAGGAGCAGCAGGUGGGUGCAGUGGCGUUGUUGGAAGACAAGAGAGCAGAACAUCCAGGAUGGCUGGAAAGAGACGAGGCCGAGGCAGAGACGUCCAGCAACAACAGGCCCCACGGAACCAAAGAGGAGGCCCUCGCAGGGCUUUGCGGGAGCCAGCUGCUUUUGCCAAGUCCACAGGCUGUGAAUCAGAAGUCCCACAUGAAAAGCUCACCAUUGCCCAAGCACGGAGGGGCACGCCAGCUCAUCGUCCGGUGCGAGUCUACGCUGAUGGGAUCUUUGAUCUUUUCCAUUCGGGACAUGCUCGAGCUCUGAUGCAGGCCAAAAAUGUGUUUCCCAACACAUAUCUGAUAGUAGGAGUCUGCAGUGACGAGCUCACCCACAAGUUUAAGGGCUAUACGGUGAUGACAGAGGAUGAACGCUAUGAAGCCCUGAGGCACUGCCGUUAUGUUGACGAGGUGGUGCGAGACGCUCCCUGGACCCUCUCCACAGAGUUCCUCAAAAAACAUAAGAUCGACUUUGUAGCCCAUGACGACAUCCCUUACACCUCUGCCGGAUCACAGGAUGUUUAUAAACACAUCAAGGAAGCAGGGAUGUUCGUGGCCACUGAGAGGACAGAAGGCAUUUCCACAUCUGAUCUGAUCACUCGUAUAGUCCGGGACUAUGACAUUUAUGUUCGACGCAACCUGCAGAGAGGCUACACAGCCCGAGAACUGAAUGUUGGAUUCAUUAAAGAAAAGAAAUACCGGCUCCAGGAGCAGGUGGACAAGAUGAAAGAGACGGUUCGUACGGUGGAAGAAAAGUCCAAACACUUUGUCUACAGAGUGGAAGAGAAGAGCCAAGACCUCAUCCUCAAGUGGGAGGAGAAGUCACGAGAAUUCAUUGGCAACUUCCUGGAGCUUUUUGGACCUGAUGGAGCCUGGCAUGCAAUUCAGGAGCGCAGUGGCCGCAUGCUCCAGGCCCUGUCACCUUACUCUUCUCCCCGCGGCUCCCCCAGCAGCAGUCCCACCAGAAGACGCUCCGUUUCUCCCAACUCCUCCCCUGCCUCCACAUCAGCCUCUGCCUCUGCGUCCCCCUCCUCUCUCUCCCCUCCUUCUUCCCCCUCCUCUCCUAAAAAGACCUCACGCUCCUCUCUCAAAGCUGCCUCAACAUACAGUAAACAUGUACAAUGAACCCAUCAUGAUUUUGUCAUUUUCGUGGGUCUGCUUACAGGCUAUUGGACAUUAAUCUGGUAAAUGAGGCACUUAAUCAGGUUUAACCAAUAAAAAUCGAGUAGCCUACUUUAUUACUGGUUUAUUCAAGUGCAAUAUAUCAUAAUGUAAAUAAUAUCUCUCAACUGAAAAGGAGCAUUAAAAUUUAGCUUGAAUGUCUUUUGUCAUGUGUUACUCUUUGAUAUGUCUAGUAG